CUGGCAUCGUCUGGUAGGAAAUAGCAGUUAAGUGACGUUUUUUUAGCUGCAAUACACUUGGAUUUGAAUUUAAAUCAAAUCUCCAAUUGUAUUAGGAUACCCUUCUGCAUAUUAUUUCCCCGCCAAGAUAUUAUCAAUAAGAUGAUAAAUAUCCUCCAUCAAAAAGUAACUAGCAAGCCGCCGAUAAGUAAAAAAAUAUUUAAAAAAACACCGGGACAUAACGUCGGCUCGCGAGAAACACGUGGUGGUAAAAGUGCUAAAGAUGAAGAAGAAGAAAAAAUAAAUGAGUGCACCGAGUGCUCGGAUCAAGAGAGUCGUGGGCAGGAUGGUUUUGUUAAAAAAAACGGACCUAGUGAUUGCAACCAGAAUAUUAUCGAAAGUGAUUCUUGUUCCCUGGACCAGUUGUGCAGCAUGAUAAGUGAUCUGGAGCAGAGUCUCGAUCACCAGGUCGUUGCUGUGGACACUUGUAUUUUUCCCACAGAGAAUCCCGUUACUUUUAUUGAUCUAGAUCACAUGCUAGAAAAAGAAGACUGUGGAUCUUGCGGAGCUUCUUCUUCAACUUACGAUGACAUCAUGUCUUUCUUGGGUACUCUGGAGCAAGAUUGUCCACUUGCAGAGUUGGAAACUACCUUGAGACCUAUAAGUAAUUCAGGAAACACUCCAAGACCUGGGAGUAAUGCCGAAGAACCGAAGGAAAUAAAUGAAUUGAAGUCAUUGAUAAAAAAUCCAAGCAAAGUUGUGAUGAGUGACACGACUAAAGAUGACUUGGCUACGGCAUUACUGCAGCUUGAAGAUCGUGAAGCGACUCUGAAACUUUUGAAGGAAGAGCUGAAGAAUGAACGCAAGGCUGCGUGCGAUAAACUGGAGACGCGUAAGAAAGAACACGCAUCUGAGUUGCAGGCACAGAAGAACAAGUACCAGAAUAUCAUACGCCGGCAUCAGAAAUUUGUCGAGCAGUUGAUUGAGGAGAAGAAACAGCUGAGUGAUAAGUGCAACACACUGGCGACGACUAUAAAGGAUAUGGAAGUCAAACAUCAUCGGGAAAUUAAGCUCGCGAUGGAGAAACACGGGAUCGAGAUCCAGCGCACGAGGGACAUGUGUUUGGCGGGUGAGAAAAUUAGACGGGAACGGUGGCUAGAAGCCAAGACGAGUAAAAUAAAAGAGAUAACGGUAAAGGGAUUGGAGCCUGAGUUGAGGAAUAUGAUUGACCAGCAUCAACAGGAAAUACAAGAUAUUCGUAGCGCGCAUAUGAAAGAACUCCAAGAGGUUGAAUUGCGGGCUAUCAGACGAGCUAAUCAACAGUUAGAGGAACUGAGAUUGGAACUUACUGCGAGCCAUGACAAAGUAUUGGCCAGUGAAAAGGAAGCUAUGAGAGUUAGGUACCAGGAGAAGUUCGAUGAGCAAGAGACGUUGAUACAGAACCAACAGAGACGAUUCUUUGAGGAGUUGCAGCAGGAAAAGAAGAGAUUUGCUGAUGAACUAGCGAGGAGAGACGCUGAAAGGGAUGCUACUGUUCAGCAGAUAACGAGUCAGUGUCAGGAAAAAAUUGAUAAGCUUGUCAAGCAGUUCGAGGUGGACAGAAAAACGCUGAAGGAGAAUCUUGAUGCUGAAAGAGAGGCCUGGGUUGAUAAUUAUAAGAAACAGCAGACUUGUAAGUUCGAAAUGGCCGAGGCGAGGAUCAGGGACGAGUGCAAUCGGGAGAGAGACCGGCAAAUUGAACUGGCGAUUUCGCGGCUUGAGAAGGAAACGCGCGAUAUGAAACAGAAUUUGGUUAAAAGUUCAGACAGUAAAUUGCAGUGUCUUAGGGAUAAGUACGAAGGAGAAUUGGAAAUAUCUUGGGAAAACGAACGGACGGUAAGAGAAAAAUUUGAAGUCACUGCGACGAAACUCGAUGCGUUGGAAAUUGAAUUUCGUAAGACGGAGUGUAAACUCAGUAAGUGUUUGGCUGAGUUGCAGGAAGCGAGUCGUGUUGAAGAGAAGCUCACGCGAGAACGGGACCAUGCGAAGAAACUCGCGAGACAGGAGAUCGAGAUCGAGAAACGUCAGCUUGAAGAUAAAGUUGGAUCGCUUUACAAAGAAAUUGAACAGAUAAAUGCCAACAGGGAUUCUAAUUUGGCCCAAUUGUACAGUAGAAUAAAAUUGAUUAUAACCCAAAAAGACAUUACGAUAAAAAGUAUGAGACGCGAAUGCGAUGAAGUAAAAAAUAAGUGUGACCACUUGGAAAAACUAAUUGACCAACAGCGCAAAGAGUACGUCCUCAAAGCUCUGUAA